GUUGUACAGUCGAUAUAAAAAAUACAAUUUACAUUUGACAGGAUAAAAACCUAAAUAAAUAUUGUUGAACAUAUAUAGUAUCUAAGUAUAUAUAUUUUCGCUGCACUCAAAUUGGUUGUUAAAGGCCUGUGCCAAAAGCUGCAGUUCGUCUUCCUGGCCUUUAGGUGUCGACAUGCUAAAAGGCGACCAGCCAAUGAUGAACUUUGACACUUCAGCAUAACCUUUGAUGCUCUUCCUGCAUGUGAAAACGGGACCGCCGUCCUGCAAAAGACAAAUUCCCACCACGAAAUGCGACAACCGUAUAGUGAAGUUUGCUGACGACACGACUCUGGUGGGUCUCAUCACCAAGGGAGACGAGACUCAAUACAGGCUGGAGGUUGACCUCCUGACCACGUGGUGCGGGGACAACAACCUCCUGCUGAACGUCGACAAGACCAAGGAGAUUGUUGUGGACUUCCGGAAGGGUCACACCCAACACCUGCCGCUGACCAUCGACGGUGCUGUGAUGGAGAGAGUGAGCAGCGCCAGGUUCCUGGGGGUGCACAUCAGUGAGGAUCUCUCCUGGUCCACCAACACCACAUCACUGACAAAGAAAGCCCAGCGCCGGCUGUACUUCCUGCGGAAACUCAGGCGAGCGAGCGCCCCUCCUGCCGUCAUGACUACAUUUUACCGCGGCACCAUUGAGAGCGUCCUCUCCAGCUGUAUUGCUGUUUGGGGUGGCGGCUGCACUGACUACAACUUGAAGGCCCUGCAGCGCAUAGUGUACACGGCUUGGUAAGAUCAUUGGUGCUUCGCUCCCCUCCUUGAAGGACAUUUACGCCUCCCAUCUCACCCGCAAGGCGACCACGAUUGUGAGUGAUGUGAGUCACCCCGCUCACUCUUUGUUCGAGCUUCUGCCCUCUGGGAAGAGGUACAGAAGCCUGCGCUCCCGCACCACCAGACUCUCAAACAGCUUCAUACUCCAGGCUGUCAGGCAGGCUGUCAGGAUCCUGAACUCGCUUCCCCGUUCUGCGUAGCGUCCCGUACUUUUACUGUCUGUAUGCACACUGGCUUUUAUUCGUUGUGUUAUCUAUUUAUUUAUUAUUUAUUGUUACUCUUAUUAUUUAUUGUUUGUGCCUUCUUGUUUUUUAUAUUGCGUCGUUUACUUGUAUGUCUAUCGUGUAAUAUGUCUUGUCACCGUGGGAUAGGGAAAAAGUAAUUUCGAUCUCUUUGUGUGUCUCGGCAUGUGAAGAUGUUGACAAUAAAGCAGACUUUGACUUUGACUUUUUGACAUCCUCGGGGACGAGAAAAGACAGUGAGAAGUGGAGGAACUCACAAUUGUGAAGAUGUUGACAAUAAAGCAGACUUUUACUUUUUGACUUUGAUAGAACAAUCCACCAAUCCAAAAUAAAAUCAACUCAAAAAUCUACUGGCAAAUUAAUCUGAAUUUUCUCUUUGUUUUUAAAUUUGAAGAACUCAAUCGCUCAGAUUUAGUUUGCAUAUAGAAGUUUGUAUAAUUUUAUAACACCACCAAUCAAUUAUUUCUAUUAAAUGUAGCAUUGCAAUGUCUUAAAUUCACAAUUUUGUUUCUUCCAUUUCCUGAAAGCAUGUUCUGUUGUUUUUCUUUCAAAUUUCUCAUGAGGGCUCGACACUUAACAUGCACUAGUGUGGAUCAAUUUCUGCUCGCAAACACAUUUCUCUCUUUUCCUCUCAUUUUUAUCUUUCCAAAUUGCUUCUGUUCUGCGGUGCAAAUUGGAUAUACCACAGUAUAGCAAAUUUCUUUACACUAAAGGUUUAGCCAAUCUUCAUCAUUUUAACACAUGCACAGCUCUUGCGUGCGUAAGGUAGGUCCCAGCACCAAUGAUUCGUCACAGGCUGGCCAUUUCCUGUGGUCGAUCAUGAGCUGGUCCCUCCCACGCACACGAGGACAGCACAUUCUAAUCUUUCAUUUAUCUUCUAGAAGCAAGUUGCAUUUAAUUACCACUUUAUUUGCAAAUUUUAACGUUAGUGUUACCACACAAUUUGAUCUCUGGUAAUUUGUCGUCGGGGAUACAAACAGCAUUGUCAUACUUCUUGUAUGGACAGGAGCGCUAAUAAUCCAAAGAAUGUUCCAAUAAUCCAGUGCUUCUCAAGGGGGCGCGGUGCUAUACCUGGGGGGGCGCGUGUGACCCUGGGGAACAGGCUUUUUUUUGGCAGUACUAGAAUAAAGUGUAAUUGCGCAUUUACUACAGUAGGCGGCAGUGGCGCUCUCAUUGUUACUUCUGUCACGUUUGCGACACUGCAACAUUUUACAAUUUACAAGACAACAGGUUUGCCUUGGUUAGCAGUGUUGAAUCAACAGAAAGCUCCGACUGCGUCCCGUCUAUAGCCUCCGUUAUUCAACAUAACCACCAACAUGAAAAAGUUUUUAACAGGGAUGAAAAGAAAAUCGGAGAGAAACAAAGAUAAUGAAACAAAAGAAAGUCAGGCGAAAGCUAAGACGAGGAAAUACGACGAAGCGUAUUUAGCGCUUGGCUUCAGUGUGAGUACAGUUGGAGAAGAGGAAAGACCGAUGUGUGCUGUGUCUAAAAAUGCUCGCAGCGGACAGCAUGAAGCCAAAUAAAUUGGCGCGUCACUUAAAUACGUUACACCCCGAUGACGCCGAUAAGCCACUUGAGUUUUUUCAGCGAAAACGUGCUGAAUAUGGCCAGCAGUCAUGCCGUUUUGUGAAGGCUACUUCAGUAAACCAUCGAGCGCUGUUAGCAUCAUAUAAGGUGGCGUACCAAAUCGUGCAGUGCAAAAAGCCCCACACCAUAGCAGAGGAGCUAAUACUGCCUGCAGCAUUAGACAUGGUCUCUGUCAUGCUGGACGACGCCAGUGCAGCAAAACUAAAAACUAUCCCUCUGUCCAAUGACACUGUCGCCAGACGUAUAGAUGACAUCGCUAACGAUCUUCAAGAACAGCUGGUAGAGAAACUCAAAGACAAACGUUUUGCCUUACAGUUUGAUGAAGCAACUGACAGCAACAAAGACUGUCUGUUUAUUGCUUAUGUACGUUUUGACUUGUCAAACUCCCUGUGUGAGGAUCUACUUCUUUGUAAAUAUGUCCGAGACAGAGCCACAGCUGAAGAGCUCUUCAAAAUUCUGGACUCCUUUUUGACUGAGAAUGGGCUAAAGUGGGAGAACUGCAUUGGUGUUUGCAGUGAUGGUGCACAAACCAUGGCACCGAAGAGAAAAGGACUUCGGGCACUCAUCAAGACAGCCUCAACUCAUGCUGAGUGGACACACUGUAUUAUACACAGAGAAGCACUUGCAACCAGGCAACUUUCCCCUGAAUUAAGUGAGGUUAUGACUGACAUCAUAGGUGUAGUCAAUUUUAUAAAGACCAGACCACUAAAAACAAGAGUCUUCUCUGCCAUCUGUGAGGAGAUGGGAGCUGAACAUCAAGCUGUGCUCUAUCACAGUGAAGCAAGGUGGUUGUCACGAGGAAAAGUCUUGUCCCGAGUUUUUGAGCUCAGAGAGCAAAUAAGAGUGUUUUUGGAGCAGGAGCACAAGUAUGAAGUGGCAGAAAAAUGUUGUGAUGAGAAGUUCCUGGGAAAACUGGCCUACCUGAGUGACAUAUUUGAAAAGCUAAAUGAACUGAAUCUGCAGCUUCAGGGGAAAGAUAAACACCUCCCUCAGGUCACAGACAAGAUUAGUUCUUUCACCCGAAAGCUUGCAAUGUGGGGCAGGCAACUUGAUGAAGGAAACAUCGAUUCAUUUGAGAACCUGCAUGAAUUUGUGGACACCAAUGACUAUGAUGCUACCUCAGUGAUUCCACAUAUUAAGCAGCACAUUUCUUCACUGUUGGAAUUCUUUAAAAAGUACUUCCCUGAAAACAGUUCCCAGUAUGACUGGGUGAGAGACCCUUUCAGUGCACCAGCUCCAACUGGUUUCAGCUCUGCAGAAGAGGAGCAGUUCAUUGACAUGACGUCUGACUCCACAUUGAGCCUGAGGUUUACAUCACAGACACUCAGUGCAUUCUGGCUGAGUGUAGAGAGGCAGUAUCCACUCUUAGGGGAGAAAGCUAUGAGCAUUCUGCUUCCUUUUGCAACAUCUUACCUUUGUGGUUCUCUGCUGUUGCUGCACUGAAGACAAAGUACAGGUCCCAGCUAAACAUUGAGCAGGAGCUGAGUUGCACUAUCAUGCUUCGAACCUCGCUUCGAAAAGCUGUGCACUGCAAAACGUGCUCAUUGUAGCCAUUAAACAUGACUUCCUCCUCAUUUUGAUGAAAAAAAGAAAGAAAAAAAGAGCACAAAUUGUUUAAUUCACCUUGUUUUGUAGGUUCAAGUGUUUUAUAUAUUGUGCUCCUGAGUUAAUGUUGCUGAACUGAAUAUAAAUACCGUUUUUUUCCAUGUAUAAUGCGCCCCCAUGUAUAAUACGCACCCUAAAAAUGGCAUGUUGAUGCUGGAAAAAAGCCUGUACCCAUGUAUAAUACGCACCCACACUUUGACUCCUACUUAAGUCCGUGAACGUAAAAUUAUUUCAGAAAAAAGAUCAGCUUUGGGAACAACCGGAUGUUAUUCUGCCGGUCAGUAUCACUGCGCAUGCGCUAGCAUACUCAAUAGCGAAGAAGAGUUUCGGAUUUGUGUAGGGUACAUUGUGACAGCAAACGAGCAGGUGAUCUAGCAAGCGUCUGAUAUGAGAGCAUUGUGUUCGUAAGGAGCGUGUUUGAAGUGAACAGCAGAGAAGAAAGCGCAUCUGUAAUGGCGGCCUCCGUAUGAUAUCCGGAUUUAAAAAAAAAAAGAAAAGAAAAAUCUUUUUUUUUGUACCCAUGUAUAAUGCGCACCCCAGAUUUUAGGACAAUUUUUUUUUUUUUAGUUUUUGUAAUUUAUUAGUUAUUAUAAUUAUUAAAUACUAUUUAUUGAUUUGAUUUAAUUUUGCAAUGGUGCAAUUAGUUGGUCAAACAUGUUUACAGUUUAAACAAGGUUUUAUUUAUUCUUAAUUUCAGGCAUUGAUGCACUUAAAAUCUUUUCUGUUGCAGACUUAAAACACGAUUUGAUUGUUAUUCUUUGUAAGUUUGACCAUAUGUCUUUCUUUUUUUCUUUAAUGUUAAUAAGGAUAAAAUGUUAUGCAGAGAUAGAUAGUCACGGUGGGGAGUGGGGGGCGCGAAUAGUUUUCUUCUUGCUAGGGGAGGCGUAACAGAAAAUAAUUGAGAAGCACUGCAAUAAUCCGACAAUGACAUGUUUUGCUGUCAUAUGGGCAUCUAUUCUUUCUUUCUCUGUAUUAGCAUGAGGGGUCAAAGGAGAGGAAGCUUGUCAUGGUGUAAAUGUGACUUUUCCUCUGCCUCUUCCUCUGCCCUUGACUGGCACCGCUUUUUUUUUCUUUUUUCUAAAACACUCUCUUGACCAGUGUCCACGUUUUCCACAGUAACAACAGUUGUCAGAAUCUGAUGGGGGUUUUGAAUUAUAUGGUGGCCUUCGGCCUUGUUGGUCUCUAACUCUUCCUCUCCCCUUUGGGAACUUUGGAAGAAGAUCGUUGUAUCUUCAUUUAGAUCAGGGGUGUCCAAACUACGGCCCGCGGGCCAACUGCAGCCCGCGGACCAGUUUUUAUUGGCCCGCAGCAAAUUCUGAAAACAUAAUUGAAUAUGGCCCGCACAAGAAGCUUGAGCUCACUUCUCAGUUUCAACACUAGAUGGAGCUCGCCACACAAAUGAAAUCAAGCGAAGAAAAACUUUUACCGCAAGUCCCCAGAUAUAGCUGCCGUAUAUAUAUAUAAUAUUUAAUUUUUUACGCGUUUCAUAGCUCGGACAAACCAAAGCCGUAUCUCAUAGUUCGGACAAACCAAAGCCGUAUCAGCGCUUUUUUUUUUUCUUUUUCUUUAACAUAGUGUCCCCUGGUUCGCUGCACUGCCGGGUCCCGUCAAUCCACCUCUGUCAGACGAAGGCAGACUUAAGAUGCUGGCCCAGCGAAGAAGUUCUCUUCCCAGGACUUUCUUUUCCAGGUCCUCCUAAUGGACGCUGGCUUGUCGACAAUGCAGCACGUCCUCCUCCGUCAGCCAGAUGGCGGGUAUGAGGGUCCCGGGUUUCGGCACCAAAAUGUUAGAGUGGUGGUUAUUUUGCAAGAACCACAUGGGAGACAAUUAAGUCUUUUCGGGCACCUGCAGACGGAGAGUCCAUUCGUCACUGUGCGUACAGCAAUGAUCGAAUGACGUCUGACUCUGGCCUCCCACAAGAGCAACAAAGAGAAACAGGGUGGGGGUGAGAGUAGACUGGAUACAGAACAGAGAGCUCUUGACCUCUAGUCAAAACAUAGCAAGGGAAUGUUUUACGACGUUGUGUAGGAUGGGACAAGCUAGGUUAUUUAUUACUGGUUACGCACCAACAUAAGCAUAAGACUAAUGUAGCUAUCUUAUUUAUUACUGGUUACAUACAUUCCAACAUAAUCAUACGAUCAAGAUAGUUUGGAAAACCCUGACAGUCUCCAUUCAGAAAAGGCAACGUUCAAGGUUCUUUGGUCAGCUUAUAUUCAGUUGCACAGGCUGGUGUGGGGCGAGUUUGAUGGGUGAUGAGUCAUUGGGGUGGGGCAAGUUUGCAGUAGAGUUUGAUUCAAUGGGAGUGGGUGCUGAUUAUGGGCGAUUCGGUGUGUGUGGGGGCUGUUGUCUCCCAUCCCGUCUUUUCGGCCUUGGCGAUCAUCUUUGGCAGAGUCCUUGGCCGACUCCCUCUGGCACCUGCCUGCCUUUAUCUCCAAGUGACCUUCCUGUAAACAUUCUCCUCCAUCCUUGCACAUAUACUGUCGCACCUCAUCCAUUCGUCAUUCUUUCAAUUUUGUCAUUUUGUACAAAAUUAUGUGAGCUUUUUGGCUGUGACGUCAUUAAUCUAUUAAUGUUCCCUGACUAUGCAAAGUUUGUUCUUUUGAUACUCCAUGUCUUUGCUUACGUAAUUAUAUUCUUAGUUUAAUCAUGCUUCCAACCAGGGCUGUGGACUCGGUCAGAUUUUGGCUCCGAGUCCGGCCUCUUGACCACGAGUCCGAGUCCGGCUGUCCAUUUUUUUCUGUUAAUUCAUGUGACAUUCAAGUUUUAAUCAUUAAUUACACCAUUAUAGCUCAGACAUUUAUCUAAACCAGUGCUUCUCAAAUAGUGGGGCGCGCCCCCCUUGGGGGGCGCGGUGCUAUUCCUGGGGGGGCGCGUGUGACCCUGGGGAACAGGCUUUUUUUUUGGCAGUACUAGAAUAAAGUGUAAUUGCGCGUUUACUACAGCAGGGGGCAGUGGCGCUCUCAUUGUUACUUCUGUCACGUUUGCGACAGUGCAACAUUUUACGACUUACAAGACAAGUUAGGAUAGUCACGGUGGGGAGGGGGGGCGUGAAUAGUUUUCCUCUUGCUAGGGGGGGCGUAACAGAAAAUAAUUGAGAAGCACUGAUCUAAACACAAAUAAUUAGUGACGACCCCACAACUAUCGAAACACAUCAAUGAUAUAAGAUGGGUGACAUAAUCGUCCUUGACAUUGGUACAUAAUGUAAACAUUAGCCUAAGUGCAACUCAACGUGGCCACGUUGAUCGUAACUUACGCUCCUUUUCCCCCCCAAAUCUAGAGGCAAAACAUUGUUCUCCCGCUGCUCCCGGGUUCUUCCAUCUUGGCUGCGCGCGGGGCAUUGUGGGUCUUGUACGUACACGCACGCAGGCAGGCAGGUGCGGGCGCGCACGCAACUACUAAAUUUGUCUUCAUAACAAGCAAGCAGGGCUGUGGACAGUAUUCCUACGCGCAUUCUCAGCAGCAUGAUGAAAAUAAAAUUGAACGUAUUUUUUUUAUUGUCGGAGUCGGUGGACUCGGUCAAAAUCAGCACCAAGUCGGGCAAAAAUGACCGAGUCCGACCGAGUCCACAGCCCUGCCUCCAACCAUAUAUUUUCUUUGUUAGGCAUAAUAUUUCCCUCUGUGCAGAGCGUUCAGUCGUAAUCGAAAAGCUCGCGUCUCGCAUUAGGCGACAUAUGACGUUUAGUCAAAACACAUAGUCAAAACACAAGAUAUAAUCAAGUACUGAACGGUCAAGACAACUAUGGCCGUGUCCAUGAUUUAGAGAAAAAUCAUCAGGCAUGCAUUACACAGUUCCUUAAGGGUCAUUAAGCUAUUUAGGCAAUAUAUCAAAAAACAUUUAUUUCAAUGUGCUCAGAAAUAUAUAUCAGAUCAUAAAGUCGUAAAAAACCUUUGUCAUUACCACCUAUCAAAAAUAUCUAGUUAUUGGUGUGUAAGUAUAAUUAUAUGCUUAAAAUGUUUAUUUUAUUUAUUUAAUAUGUGAAUAUACUUUUCUGUUUAUGUACUUUAUUCAAUGAGGUUUGAGCAUAUCUGUUUUUGUAGCUAGGCAGGACUUUUUGUAUUUCGACCCCAUUCCUUCAUUAGCCAUCACUUUGCUACGAAGCAUGCUAACUACGCUAGGAGUCAACACAUGAACGAGCGGUUACAAAGGUUGACAGCUAAUUUGAAGACUCAGCAAAACGUUUUUCACCGACAAACUGCGGAUAAAAAGUCUAGUACAGGGGCAAGUUUAUGAUGCAUCAUCUAUUUUCCACUACCGUUUUUUUUCCAUGUAUAAUACGCAAAAUUUAACUAAUUUAUUGUCCUAAAAUCCGGGGUGCGCAUUAUGCAUGGCAAUUCUUUUUGAAAAAAAUCUCCCUCGAAAUAAAACUUGAAAUCACCUUUCUUCUUGUUUGUUGUCAAUCGCGCAUCGCAUUCAGCCAUCCUGCCCAACACUUAGUCAGUAAAAUUCAUAAUUGAUGACACAUCGUUUGAUGCGAUGGUGCAAUCCUUGAUGGUGUGUUGUUGUCAAAUAUUGUUUGUUUUUUAAUCUCCAUCGCAGACCAGAUAUCAUACGGUGGCCGCCAUGACAGUAUGCGCAGAACGGAUGUGUAAAAUACGUCAAUCGCGCAUCGCAUUCAGCCAUCCUGCCCAUCACAGUCAGUAAAAUUCAUAAUUGACGACACCGUUUGAUGCGAUGAUGCAAUCCUUGAUGGUGUGUUAUUUUCAAAUAUUGUUUGUUUUUUAAUCUCCAUCGCAGACCCCAUAUAUCAUAUGGAGGCCGCCAUUACAGUAUGCGCAGAACGGAUGCGCAAGACACGUCAGCUAUAUAAAGAGCGAGAGUUCAGUUUUCUUCAUAUUAGUUUUAAUUCACAGUUUAAUUAGCAGUUUCAUCCAUCCAUCCAUCUUCUUCCGCUUAUCCGGGGUCGGGUCGCGGGGGCAGCAGCUUCAGGAGGAGCUUCCCUCUCCCCAGCCACUUCAUCUAGCUCAUCCCGGGGGAUCCCAAGGCGUUCCCAGGCCAGCUGAGAGACAUAGUCUCUCCAGCGGGUCCUGGGUCGUCCCCGGGUCUCCUACCGGUGGGACAUGCCCGGAACACCUCCCCAGGGAGGCGUCCAGGAGGCAUCCUGAUGAGAUGCCCGAGCCACCUCAUCUGGCUCCUCUCAACGUGGAGGAGCAGCGACUCUACUCCGUGUCUCUCCCGCAUGACCGAACUUCUCACCCUAUCUCUAAGGGAGAGCCCAGACAUCCUCAUUUCGGCCGCUUGUAUCCGGGAUCUCGUUCUUUCGGUCACGACCCAUAGCUCGUGACCAUAGGUGAGGGUAGGAGCGUAAAUCAACCGGUAAAUUGAGAGCUUUUCCUUUUGGCUCAGCUCUCUCUUUACCACGACGGACCGGUAUAGAUUCCGCAUUACUGCCGACGCUGCACCGAUCCGUCUGUCGAUCUCACGCUCCAUCCUCCUCUCACUCGUGAACAAGACCCCAAGAUACUUAAACCCCUCCACUUGAGGCAGGAUCUCAUCCCCGAUCCGGAGAGGGCAUUCCACCCUUUUCCGAUCGAGGACCAUGGACUCGGAUUUGGAGGUGCUGACCCUCAUCCCGACCGCUUCACACUUGGCUGCGAACCGCUCCAGUGAGAGCUGAAGAUCACGGCCUGAAGAAGUCAACAGCACCACGUCGUCUGCAAAAAGCAGAGACGCGAUGCUGAGGUCCCCAAACUGGACACCCUCAACGCUUCGGCUGCGCCUAGAACUUCUGUCCAUAAAAAUUAUGAACAGAAUCGGUGACAAAGGGCAGCCUUGGCGGAGUCCAACCCUCACUGGGAACAAAUCCGACCUACUGCCGGAAAUGCGGACCAAACUCUGGCAUCGGUGAUACAGGGACCGGAACCGCCCUUAUCAGUUGGCUCAGUACCCCGUAUUCCCGAAGCACCCCCCACAGAACCUCCCGAGGGACACGGUCGAACGUCUUCUCCAAGUCCACAAAACACAUGUGGACUAGUUGGGCGACCUCCCAUGAACCCUCAAGGAUCCUGCUGAGGGUGAAGAGCUGGUCCACUGUUCCACGGCCAGGACGAAAGCCACACUGUUCCUCCUGAAUCCGAGGUUCGACCUCCCGACGGACCCUCCUCUCCAGCACCCCUGAAUAGACCAUACCAGGGAGGCUGAGGAGUGUAAUUCCCCUGUAAUUGGAACACGCCCUCCGGUCCUCCUUCUUAAAGAGGGGAACCACCACCCCAGUCUGCCAAUCCAGAGGCACUGUCCCCGAUGUCCACGCAAUGUUGUAGAGAUCUGUCAGCCAUGACAGCCCCACAACAUCCAGAGCACUUAAGAAAUCCGGGCGGAUCUCAUCCACCCCCGGGGCCUUGCGACCGAGGAGUCUCCGGAGACGGCGGAUGUUGGACCAGAAUUUCCUCAAAGCCGUCCGGAAGUCAUUCUCCAUGGCCUCGCCAAACUCCUCCCACGUCCGGGUUUUUGCCUCAGCAACCGCCAAAGCCGCGUUCCGCUUGGCCAUCCGGUACCUGUCAGCUGCCUCCGGAGUCCCGCAGGCCAAAACGGCCCGAUAGGACUCCUUCUUCAGCUUGACGGCAUCCUUUACCGCCGGUAUCCACCAGCGGGUUCGGGGAUUGCCGGCACGACAGGCACCAAUGACCUUACGGCAACAGCUCCGGUCGGCCGCCUCGACAAUGGAGGUGCGGAACAAGGUCCACUCCGACUCAAUCUCCCCCGCCUCCCCCGGGACGUGGGAAAAUCUCUGCCGGAGGUGGGAGUUGAAGCUCUUCCUGACAGGGGAUUCCGCCAGACGUUCCCAGCAGACCCUCACAGAGCGUUUGGGUCUGCCAGGUCGGAAUGGCAUCUUCCCCCACCAUUGGAGCCAACCCACCACCAGGUGGUGAUCAGUUGACAGCUUCGCCCCUCUCUUCGCCCGAGUGUCCAAAACAUGCGGCCGCAAAUCCGAUGACACGACUACAAAGUCGAUCAUCGAACUGCGGCCUAGGGUGUCCUGGUGCCAAGUGCAAACAUGGACACCCUUAUGUUUGAACAUGGUGUUCAUUAUAUAAAAUCCGUGUCGAGCACAGAAAUCUAAUAAUAAAACACCGCUCGGGUUCAGAUCGGGAGGGCCGUUCCUUCCAAUCACGCCCCUCCAGGUCUCACUGUCAUUGCCCACGUGAGCAUUGAAGUCACGCAGUAGAACGAUGGAGUCCCCAGAAGGAGCGCUCUCCAGCACUUCCUCCAGGGACUCCAAGAAGGGUGGGUACUCUGAGCUGCCAUUUGGUGCAUAGACACAAACAACAGUCAGGACCUGUCCCCCCCACCCGAAGGCGGAGGGAGGCUAAAUAAUAAUAAUAAAUAAUUAUUAUAUAUAUUAUAUAUAUUAUUAUAAUAAAUAAUUGUGAUAAAUAACUGGAACAUCACUCAAAUAUUGGUGAUCCCGUUGAGAGUCUGACAUAUUUCUUCGCUAUCGAGUUUGCUACUGCAUGCGCAGUGAUACUGACCGGCAGAAUAACAUCCGGUUGUUCCCAAAGAUGAUCUUUUUUCUGAAAUAAUUUUACGUUUACGGACUUAAGUAGGAGUCAAAAUUUGGGUGCGUAUUAUACAUGGGUACAGGCUUUUUUCCAGCAUCGACAUGCCAUUUUUAGGGUGAGUACUAUACAUGGGGGCGUAUUAUACAUGGGAAAAAAACGGUAAUCUUAACUUUUAAAAUUUUUUAGGCUGACUUUAUGGAAGUGUUUCCCGUUUCCUCACCUCUGUCACUAGGUGUUUGUGAGUUAAAGCUGUGCUCUGAUUUUCAAUAAAUCUGUUCGUGUUGCCUUUUUGAUUUCUUUGUUAGUCAUUUCUAUAUUGGUACUUUAUUUAGAUAUAUUCUUUCACUGAUUCUUCAAGAUAAUGUAUUUGGUCAGAAUGUUUGCCGUUUGAUGUGAUUUCACCUCAUUAGAUAAACAUCUUUCAUGAGUCUGACCUGCAGGCACUGAAGUGAUGGAAACUGUUAUUCAUAAUAACAGUGUCUUAUUUAAUGAGAAUCACUGAUAGUAGUUCUUUGGUGAAAUAUUUGUUUUAAUGCUGUUAAUAAAUGCAUUUGUUUUCAAAAAGCAUUUUUUGAAUAUCCAUGUUUUACUUCCCUACUAAAGGCCAAAAUCAUUUAUGCCAGGGGUGUCAAAGUCAUUUUUUUCACGGGCCGCAUUGUAGUCAUAGCUUCUUUCGGAGGGCCAUUAUGACUGUCAACCCAAAUCUAUGUAUGAGCACCUUAUAUUAUAUACAGUCAAAGCUACAAAUCAAACUGACAAAUUACUCGUUUUCAAAUCAGAUGAGUAAAAACUGGUCAAAUAUUUUAAAAAAAUAUGAUUAAAAGUGAAGACAUUUUGCAAUUCUAGUAAUAACACACAUUUGAUGCACAAUUUGUCUUCGCGGGCCACAUAAAAUGAUGUGGUGGGCCGUAUCUGGCCCCCGGGCCUUGAGUUUGACACCUGUGAUCUAUGCAAUGACCUUUACAUGUCGUUUAUAUUACUUCACACAAACACUAGAUCCAUCUGCUCCUGGUUCAGCCCCCCUGUUAAAAUUUAGAAGCCAAUUCGGCCCGCAAGUCAAAAUGUUUGUCCACCUUACUUGUUAUGUUAGCAACUUAUUUGUGAACGAUAGACACAUGGAGACACCGGAGUGGCAAUUCUAUUGACAAUGUACUGUACAUGUAUUAUGUUUGAGGCAGUCGAACAAAAUCCCGAAUGAUUUCGAACUCCCCCCACCCUGGUCAUUUUUCUAGGUCUCAGAAAUAGGACAUGUUGGGGAAAAAGAGGACGUCUGGUCACCUUACUGAAGGACAAGUUGCCGCAUUCGAGAUUAGUUGUCGUGUCCGUAAUGUGUUGUGACGAUGUCAGACGUCGUCAGCAUGUGGAAUGUAACAGCCCAUCGUCUUUCGGGCGUUUUUAUUAGGUGGUUUGUUGUCCUACUUAUUGAGCGAUUAGUUUGCAAAAAUGUCAGUCAGUCAUAAAAGCGACAUCCAAAGUGCUUACUUGUGCCUGCUACGUGUUUAUUGUUUUGUUGUC